AUGCCCUUAAUAAUUUUUUUAUCACUCAUGUUAUUUUCCGUCCCCGGACAAACAGUGAACAAGACAAACGAGAUACAAUGUUCGACGUGCCAGACAGAGCUUAAAAAGUGCUUGGCCGACAGCUCGACCCCAGGCCAGUUUGUGGGCGGAAAGUCGAUACACAAAACGUGCCAGUGCUGUGACUUAUACAAAAAAUGCAUUACUGGCAUUGAGUGCGAUUUGUCUCCAUCCAUAUGCUACAACACAUCGUGUUCCCAAAUCGAUUUUGUGGGUUGGAUUGCCAUUUGUGUUGCAAUUGUUGUCAUUCUGUUUGUCAUCCUUGCAAUUUACUUGUUUUACAGAUUCAGACCAAAAAAGGUGGAAGAACCGUUGAAAAGCACAGAAAUGUCACCAGCGUCGUCGGUUUCGCAACAAAGUGCGCAACAAAUUAAACACAAAGAGGUGAAAGACAUUCAAGUUAACUACCAACGACUUGCAAAAGUACUUUCGUCAUCAACAACUUCAACAAGCGAAAGCGAAGAAGAACCUGCGCAAUCCCAGCCAAAACUUACAGAAGUCAAAGUUGCGAAGUGA